AUGACCACUCCACGCAAACAAAACAUUCUUCUGGUAGGUUCCGGAGGUGUCGGAACCGUUGCUUCAGUUGCCCUUGAACACUCACGCAAAGCCGCAGUCACAUCUGUACUACGUUCAGACUAUGAUAAAGUCAUUGCUCACGGAUUUGAAAUUAAUUCAGUUGAUCAUGGGAACCUUAAAGGCUGGCGACCAUCCCAUGUUGUCAAAUCAGUAGCUGAUGCUGUGACUGGACUUGAACAACGAUGGACUGAAAACAACAAUUCUGAAGAAAAUAAUAAUAAUGAUGAUGCCUCAGUUUUUGAUUACAUUGUGGUGGCCAUUAAGGCUCUCCCAGAUUUAGUCAAAACAGAAGACAUUAUAGCACCAGCUAUGAAACCACGACAAUAUAAAAAAGGCAAUAAUGUGAAAGAAGAAGAAGAAGGUUCUGCAACACAGUAUCCCACUGUAGUUUUGAUCCAAAACGGAAUUGGCAUUGAGCAACCCAUUAUUGACGCGUUCCCUGGUGCCGUGGUUCUUUCAGGCGUUUCCAUGAUUGGUUCACACAACUUUGGAGGUCGAAUUGAACAGUAUGAACAUGACCGGUUGGUGGUCGGAUACUACGAUAAUGCAAAAACUCCUGCCGCACAACAAGAGGCACGUGCGCGCGCGUUUGUUGACAUGUACGCGACUACUGGGGUUGAUUGCAAAUACGCAGAAGAUGUGAAACAGGCAAGAUGGCGCAAACUUGUCUACAACUCAACCAUCAACACCAUGUGUGGGUUGAUGCAACUAGAUAUUGGUCGAUGCUAUUUAGCAAGCAUUGAUACAAGUGUAAUUGUUCCUGCAAUGCAUGAGAUUCUGGCAACUGCCAAAGCUGCCGGCUACGAGUUCCCUGAAUCGUUAUGUGAGACCAUGUUGCGUGCAGAUGAAGGAUUGUAUUAUAAGCCCAGCAUGCAGAUCGAUAUUGAGAAGGGUAAUCCGAUUGAGUUGGAGGUGAUUUUGGGUAACCCAUUAAGGAUUGCUAGAAGCUUGGGAGUCCCCACACCUAUUCUUUCAGUUGUGUACAAUCUUUUAAAGGGUGUUCAGUUCCGAUUGUUGGAAGGCCGAGGGCUUUUGGUGGCACCAGAAAAGGGUCCCAUGUGGACUGAUCCGCGUGUUGAGGGUAAGCUUGCAUUUCCAUCUGAGUUCCCUAUGGAAAAGAAGUAA